GUGUGUCUAGGUGUCUUCUGGUCAUUCUCUUGACACCAUGACACUGCUGGCUUUGCUGCUGAUGAUCGGAGCUGCUGCGGCAGUUCCCCGUGAGGAUGGCAGGAUCAUUGGUGGGCAGGAGUGUGAGCCUCACUCUCGUCCAUACAUGGCCUCCCUCAACUACGGUUACCACUUCUGUGGUGGGGUGCUCAUCAAUAGGCAGUGGGUGCUCUCUGUUGCCCACUGUUGGUACAGUCCCACUGCCAUGCAGAUUGUGCUGGGAGAACACGAUGUGCGAGUGUUUGAGGGGACAGAGAAGCUUAUGAAGACCCAAAACAUCAUCUGGCACCCCAGUUAUGACUACCAGACUCUGGAUUAUGACAUCAUGCUGAUCCAGCUCUUCCACCCAGUGGAGGUGACCAACGCAGUCGCACCCAUCCCUCUGCCCACAUGGUGCCCAAUGGGGGGUCUCCAGUGCACUGUGUCUGGCUGGGGUAGGACUUCUGUCGAUAGUGAAGCGAGCAUGCCCACCCGUCUGCAGUGUUUGGAUGUUCCCAUAAUUGACGACCAGACCUGUGAGAGCGCCUAUCCCGGCAUGAUCACACGCAGGAUGGUGUGUGCCGGAUACAUGGACGGAGGCAGAGAUGCAUGCAAUGGUGACUCCGGCAGCCCUCUGGUGUGUGCUGGAGAGGUCCACGGCCUGGUGUCAUGGGGCAUGGGAUGUGCUGUGCCUAACUACCCCGGAGUCUACGUCAAGGUGUGUGAGUUCCUCUACUGGAUUGAAGACACCAUUGCAGCAAACCCCUGAAGAAAUCACACACUUUUCACUUCAUUUCUCCCCAUCUCUCCCUCUGUUUCUCCUCAUUACUUUUUUCUUUUAAAGCCCUGAAUUAAUUUUUCUGUCACUCUGGUGCCUCGUCUCCUUUGAAAAUUUCUCCCUCAUAUAUCCAACACACGUGCCACAACGUAAACAACAAAAUAAAACCACUUGGUGUAUA